GCCGAAAAUGAGAACGAUUUUUUUUGGGAACGUGAGAAGCGAUUGUGUGUGUUCUGUCACCAUGAAUUGUGCACCUAUGAGAGGACCUCGAUGGCGAGCGGAAGAUUCGCUUUGUCGCUUAUCCUGGCGCUCGUCGCUGCGUUUAUAUUUUCAGAAUAUAUGAUUUAUUACGCUGUUAUUUCGCAAUGCUCGUGGCCUGAUUCAGAUUCACAUUCAAAUGUUCGGGCGUUAUUCCUCUCUGACACACAUUUAUUAGGGGCCAUCAGAGGACACUGGCUGGACAAACUCAGAAGAGAGUGGCAGAUGGAAAGAGCAUUCCAGACUUCUCUGUGGCUUUUCAAACCAGAAGUUGUUUUUAUUUUGGGAGAUGUGUUUGAUGAGGGCAAGUGGAGCUCGACUGAGGACUGGGAAGAUGACGUCAAACGUUUCAAACAGAUCUUCCGCCAUCCCAGUGACACAGAGCUUGUUGUCCUUACCGGAAAUCAUGACAUUGGCUUUCAUCAUGAAAUGACACCGCAGAAGUUGGAGCGGUUUGAGCAAGUGUUUAAUGUGACGUCAGCCCGUAUCCUUACCAUUAGAGAAGUCAAUUUCUUGCUGGUGAACAGUGUUGCUUUGCAUGGUGAUCACUGCCUCAUCUGUCAGCGUGUGGAGAAUGAAUUGUACAAACUCUCGCAUGCUCUUAAUUGCUCCAUUCAGGGUUCACACCAUGAUGACCACUGCAAGAACACAGAGACUUUUGCCCCAACAGCACCAAUUCUGCUACAGCAUUACCCUCUAUAUAGAGUGAGUGAUGCCAUGUGUACAGGUGUAGAUGCAGCCCCUCUGAAUGAACGAUACCAGCUGUUUCAGGAACAGUAUGAUGUCAUUUCACAGGUUGCCUCCAAAAAGCUUCUAUGGUGGUUUAGACCCCGCCUCAUUCUGAGUGGCCACACCCACAGUGGCUGUGAGGUUUUGCAUGAGAACCACUACCCUGAGAUCAGCGUACCAUCCUUUAACUGGAGGAACCGCAACAACCCCAGCUUCAUCCUGGGCUCAUUCUCCAGGUCUGACUUUCACUUGUCGAAGUGUUUUCUUCCAGAGGAAAGAAGCAUUCUAACAAUUUACUGUGGCAGUGCUCUGACCAUUGCUCUGAUAACACUCAGCCAUCUUAAGAUUUUUAGAAGAGCGCUACAAUUCACAAACAGCAUUUUGAGAAAGCACAAAACUUUGUGAUAUGCAUUAAAGGCAGGAUAGGCAGGAAUUAUCUAAAAAACUUUUUUACAAAUUUGUUUAAACUGUCUUUAUAUACCAAUACAUAAUUAAAAUGUAAGUACUCUGAAAAAGAGAGUAUAAAACUCGAGUGUCUUUAGACCUCCCGCGACUGUUUUAAACACAGCUAAUUAUUUUCAUUCGGGACGAAACAAAUAAUUGGCUUGCGCGACUAUCACUCUCUCUUGCGACCAUGGCACCACCCCUGUUGCUAUGGGAUCUGCCCACACAUGUGCACACCCGAUUGAUUUGAACGUGCACGAGGCACUCUAGGAAGAGCAAAAGUACGGCAGAGAAAGAGCAUUCAGAACUCACAGUACCUGCAUAUGCAGUCAGCGAAGGCAAACAUGGCAAAAAAAGGAAUGAAUGAAAGAAACCAAACGAGAGUAAAUAUCGUGUGCAUUUCCGCGAGUCGACGAUGCGGUAGCGGUAUUGUCUCCGAAGUUUAUUCCUCAUCAGAGUCAACAAUGUUUUCAUCACGGAAACUCUUCCAUGCGAAACACCUUAUAUGUUAUGAAUUUUCCAUGAAAUUCACCUUCAUCACAGUGUAACUGAUGGUAAUAAAAAAAACUUGUAUCAAUGCAAUCUGUUUUUAGCUUUGUCUUAUAAAUAUAACUAGCUCGUUUGUUACUGAAUCAAACAAAAUAUAUUUUAAACUUUACCAGUAUCGAUAUGCUAGCUUAAUAGUGAGGACUAAAAGCCAUCCUAUUUGUUUAUAUUCAUAGUGAUAAAAUUAGGUGUAUUAUUACAUGUGAUUGUGACAUGAUGUUACUACAUUCACCGUGGUCCUCUCUGCUCGUCUCAGGGAAAUGCUUCUCCCAGCAGAGCGGAUCGGCUUCGCGCGUUCAUGUGUUUUGGGGCGCGGCUUUAGAAGAAACCCAGAAGGGAGGGGGUAGAGUGAAUGGAAAAAUGAGCUGUGUCGUGAGAGAUCUACAGACACUCGAUUUUUAUACUCUCUUCUUCAGAGUACUUACAUUUUACUUAUGUAUUGGUAUAUAAAGCCAGUUUAAACAAAUUGGUAAAAAAGUUUUUUUUAGAUAAUUCCUGCCUACACUGCCUUUAAAAGACAAAAAGUCAUGAGCUCAGGGCCGGUUCUAAACAUUUGGAGGCCCUAGGCAAAAUUUAUGUUGAAGGCCCCUCGCACCCCUCAACUUUUCAGAAUGUGUUCAGUGUUUUUCUUACACUAUAAGAAAUCAUUUAAACACUAAAAUUUACUAUGUAAAAACAAAAUUUUUUGUCAAAUUUACUUUAAAACAUACCUUACCAAAAGCAUAACUGCUGUGCACCAAAAAGUGGCACUGUUAUAUUUUGAGAUAUUUCAGUGCAAGCUGUUUUCAGUUCAGAAGGUCAAACACGCAUGCCCUUUAUUACUCAAGUAAAUAAACAUAAAUGUAUUUUUUUU